CCGCGGCCCCACACGUCGCACAGAGGACGUGGCCGCAGCUGGUGACGGCGAAGCUGGCUCCCUCUUGGCGGAAGCAGCGGUUGCAGUGGAACCAGUCCAUGCUGGAGCUCCCGGGACACCCCCCCCCCCCCUGCGCCGAGCCGGCCCGAGCGGAGCCGAACGGGACCCGGGCGGAGCCGAACGCGCUCGAGUCGGGAGCCGAACACAGCCGAGCCCGGGACGGAGCCGAAAAGACCCGAGAGAGGCCGAGCGCUCCCGAGCCUGCCCGAAGGAUCGGGCUGGCGGUGGCGGCGGGGCUGGCUGGGGCGGGGGCGCGGGUGGUGCUGAGCUCUCGCCGUGAGCCCCACGUGGCGGCCGCCGUGGGGCAGCUGAGGAGCCGGGGGCUGGAGGUCAGCGGCGUCGUCUGCCACGUGGGGCAGCCCCACAGCCGGACGGCCCUCGUCCAGAAGGCCCUGGAGACCUACGGGGGCAUCGACAUCCUGGUGUCCAACGCCGCCGUCAACCCCGUCCUGGGCAGCACCCUGGACGCCGACGAAGCCGCCUGGGAGAAGCUCUUCCAGGUGAACGUGACGGCGGCCGCCAUGUUGGUGCGGCUGGUCGUGCCCCACAUGGAGAGGAGGGGGGGCGGGGCCAUCGUCCUGGUGUCGUCGGUCGCCGGGUACAUGCCCUUCACGGCGCUGGGUCCGUACAGCGUCAGCAAGUCGGCGCUGCUGGGCCUGGUGAAGGCCUUGGCCCCCGAGCUCCGCCCACGCAACAUCCGCGUCAACGGCGUCGCGCCGGGACUCAUCCGCACGCGCUUCAGCGCAGCUCUGUGGGAGGACGACGCGACGCGGGAGCGAGUGAUGUCAUCCAUGGGGAUUGACAGGCUGGGGACCCCGUCGGACGUGGCCGAGGUCGUGACCUUCCUCUGCUCCCCCGCCGCCGCCUACGUGGUCGGGGAGACCGUGGUGGUGGCCGGGGGGGCCCCCUCCCGCCUAUAGCAACCUAUAGGGGAUGGAUAGGGGGGGCGAGGGGCGCCCAGAGAGCGUCUAUAGGGGACGUCAGUGCCUAUAGGGGGG